GCAGUAUACUCGCUAAUAUAUUUUAUUUAAAUUGAUUAAUUUGCAAAAUUACUUUAAAAUUUUAAAAAUGUCAUUAAUUUCGUGGGAUGAAAGAAACUCAAUCAUUCGUUCCUGGGCAUUCACAUCAUCACCAUAUCCAAUUAUCUCAGUGUCUCUCAUCUACUUAUGGAUUGUAUUUAGAGCUGGUCCAAACUUUAUGAAGAAUCGAAGACCAUUCGAUUUGACUUUAGCUACAAGACUUUACAACAUCUUCCAGAUUGCCGGUUGCUUAUUCUUUAAUGUGCAAGCAUUUAAACUUGGAUUUUCGUUUUAUGAAAUUUGGAAAUGUACUGAUGAGCCGAAAUAUAUUGGAUAUUCUGACGAAUUUGAGAUGAAAUUAAAUUAUUAUCAGUGGUGGUACAUUUUUCUUCGAAUGUCUGAAUUUUUGGAAACAAUAUUUUUUGUAUUAAGGAAGAAAUUCAAUCAAGUGUCAAUUCUGCAUGUUUAUCAUCAUAUAAGCAUUCCGUUUCUUCUAUGGAUCUUCUUAAUGUACAGCGGUGGACGAAUGGAGUUGUGCCUUGCAAUCUUUAAUUCUCAUGUUCACGUGAUCAUGUAUGGAUACUACUUCCUCAGCUCGUUCCACAAAUUACAAAAAUAUACAAAUCUUCUUAAGCCUUUAAUCACUGCCAUUCAAAUUCUUCAACUUUUUAUAUUAUUUAUUCAUUGUGUAAUUGCAUUACUUCCUGGAUGUCAUGCAUCACGACUCUUUGUCCUUCAAGCUAUUAAUUUGGGACUUUUAAUUUUUAUGUUCUUAAAGUUUUAUUUUGAAAAUUAUUUAAGCAAUUCUGCAGAUGCAUUUUUUAAAUUUUUACACAAUGAAUAUAUUUUUUUCUCAUUUUAUGCUCAGCAGUGUCUGAAGUUUUAUGUUUAUCUAGUGAAACGUAUUAAAUCCUUUGUUAUUAACUCAUUGAGAACAGCUAACUUGCUAGAAAGUAAAGAUUGAGGUUUUUUUUAUCGAAAUAUGUCAAAACUUAGUUUAAUUCUAAAUCUGACAUUUGAAUUAUUAAUGAAGUUUUUAUAAUUUAGUAAAAAAAAAUAUG